AAAAAAUGAAUUUUCGACAGCCUUAUUUUAUUGCUCUAUUUAUUUAUCAAUUUUCAUUUUUGGCAAAUUUAGUUGUUGGGGAAGGACCUUCAAAAAAUGCAACAGGACAAGUUAGCUGUUAUGUGUGUAAUUCAGACAAUGAAGGGCAAAAGGAUUGUGAAAGUACUGACUUGGAUAAACUUAAACCGUUUUUGAAGCCCUGCCCAGUAUUGCCUGAUGGCCCUCUUGUUGGAAGACCAGCCGAAUCUUGUAGAAAAGUUUUGCAGCAAGUUGAGUUUGGCAAAACAGAAAUAAAUAAUGUUGUGAGAGAAUGUGGAUAUAAUAAUGAAGUAUUGGAUGGAAAACGAAGAGCGGGGAACAGUGGAAUUAAUUUGAAGAUUUGGCAAUGCAUUAAUACGGAUGUGAGGAAUUUUUUUAAAUUAAAUUUUAAUUUAAUAAAUUUGGAAAAAAUAUUUUUGGGUGUGCGCAAAAGUAGAAGUUUAAGGGGAAACGCCAAAAACGAAAUAGAAAAGUAA